ACAUGCCUAGAUGCUGUGAACAAUUAUUCCUGUGUGUGUCUUGACGGUUAUGAGGGCUAUGAUUGUGAAGUGGAGAUAGAUGAAUGUCUCUCAUCACCCUGUAUGAAUAAUGGAACAUGCCUAGAUGCUGUGAACAACUAUUCCUGUGUGUGUCUUGACGGUUUUGAGGGUUUUGACUGUGAAGUGGAGAUAGAUGAAUGUCUCUUGUCACCCUGCAUGAAUAAUGGAACAUGCCUAGAUGCUGUGAACAAUUAUUCCUGUGUGUGUCCUGAUGGUUAUGAGGGUUCUGACUGUGAAGUAGAGAUAGAUGAAUGUCUUUCGUCACCCUGCAUGAAUAAUGGAACAUGCCUAGAUACAGUCAACAACUAUUCCUGUGUUUGUCUUGAUGGUUAUGAGGGUUUUGACUGUGAAGUGGAGAUAGAUGAAUGUCUCUCAUCACCCUGCAUGAAUAAUGGAACAUGCCUAGAUACAGUCAACAACUAUUCCUGUGUGUGUCUUGAUGGUUUUGAGGGUUUUGACUGUGAAGUGGAGAUAGAUGAAUGUCUCUUGUCACCCUGUAUGAAUAAUGGAACAUGCCUAGAUGCUGUGAACAAUUAUUCUUGUGUGUGUCUUGACGGUUAUGAGGGUUUUGACUGUGAAGUGGAGAUAGAUGAAUGUCUCUUGUCACCCUGCAUGAAUAAUGGAACAUGCCUAGAUGCUGUCAACAAUUAUUCCUGUGUGUGUCUUGAUGGUUUUGAGGGUUUUGACUGUGAAGUGGAGAUAGAUGAAUGUCUCUUGUCACCUUGCAUGAAUAAUGGAACAUGCCUAGAUGUUGUGAACAACUAUUUCUGUGUGUGUCUUGACGGUUACGAGGGGUAUGACUGUGAACUGGAUAUAGAUGAAUGUCUCUUAUCACCCUGCAUGAAUAAUGGAACAUGCCUAGAUGCUGUCAACAGCUAUUCCUGUGUGUGUCCUGAUGGUUAUGUGGGUUUUGACUGUGAAGUGGAGAUAGAUGAAUGUCUCUUAUCACCCUGCAUGAAUAGUGGAACAUGUCUAGAUUCUGUCAACAACUAUUCCUGUGUGUGUCUUGAUGGUUUUGAGGGUUUUGACUGUGAAGUGGAGAUAGAUGAAUGUCUCUCAUCACCCUGCAUGAAUAAUGGAACAUGCCUAGAUACAGUCAACAACUAUUCCUGUGUGUGUCUUGAUGGUUAUGAGGGUUUUGACUGUGAAGUGGAGAUAGAUGAAUGUCUCUUGUCACCCUGCAUGAAUAAU